UUACUUUAUGGCCGGAAGUGCUGUGGAGUAGUUAGUUGUUAUCGUUCGCCAGUGACUUGUGCGACUUUGGCCCGAUGGACCGCAAAAAGAAGCCUCUGGACGUGACCGUCGCUUCGCUGGUAGAUUUGAAGGCUGAACUUUACCGGAAACAGGAAGAAUUCAAAAAAGAAAAACUUCUGAAAGAUGCUGGGGCCCCUGUAAAAUCCAAAUCAACUAGCAAAAAACCAAAUAUUUGGACUAAGCAGAACAAAGGUGUUUCAGACCGAGCUGAGAAAGAUGCUGAGCAGAAGAUAGAAGAGCAACAAACAUUGGAUAAAUCAAGACAGAAACUAGAAGAAAAAGCACUGCUGUAUGAAAAGAUGACAAAAGGAGACUUUCCAGAUGAAGAAGCGGAGGAUUUAUACCUUGUGGAUUUCACACAGAAGAUCAUAGAUAAACACCGGGAAGUGCAAGAGCUCUGUGCAAAUGAUGCUGCUAGGAAGGCUGCAGAGAAGGAGGAAGAGAGACUCUCAGAGGCAGAGAUUCCCCCUCCACAGGACCCCACAGAAGAAUGGGUUGACUAUGUGGAUUCCCUCGGCCGGUGUAGACGCUGUAUGAAGAAAGAUCUACCACAUCUCCUUCAAAUGGAUAAAGAGCUCCAGGGGAAGAGGGAAAUGACUGGAGAGAAGACUCUAUUGUCUGAAGACAUGAGAAGGGAACUUCAGCGUCAGGAGUGGGAAAGAGAGGAAGAGGAAGCCUUAAGGAGGCCUAUGGGACCAAUGCAUUAUGAAGACAUUCGAGAAAAUGAGGCCAGACAGCUUGGUGUGGGUUACUUUGCCUUUGCCCGUGAUCAAGCUUUGAGGAAAAAACAAAUGGAAACUUUAGAAAUGCUAAGAGAUCAGACUACAGACCAGAGAGCAAAACGUGAACAUUUAAAGGAGAAACGGAAGGCUACUCUGGAGGCGAGAUUGUCCAAAAUUAGAGCAAAGAAGCGGCUGAAAGAUGGUGACACAACGGAAAACAGAGCAGAUGAAGAUGUUGAGCCAGUCCCGGCUGAGCCCAAGUCUGCUGAAGUACCAAGGUUUCCUGUGGAAAGCAGAAAAGUGGAAGUUGUCAUUCAAGAAAGGAAAGAUACUAAGCCUGGAGUUCCUUAUGUUCGAGAAUGGGAUAGAGGCAAAGAAUUCGCUUUUGGAAUGUGGUCAAAGAAACUGGAAGAACUCAGGGAUGAACGAGAGCCAGAAUUUGCACCACCUUCGGCUUACUUUGCAGAUCAAAAAAGAACUUGUGACUUUAAAAUUCAGAAUAUGCAUAAACCUGGAUCUUCAUAUGAAAAAAGAGAACAGAAUCUGUAUAGGGACUUGCCAUCUUCGUCAGCAGAAACUCACAGCAGUGGCUCACAGAGCAACCAGUUCCCAUCCACACAAGCUUAUGAGAGCAGCCUGUCUAAUCCAGAGGCAUCUUACCAAAGUUUAGAUGACAUGCUGUCCUAUUAUAAGCAAGUAACAUGAGCUUUUCGUAUGAUAGAAGUAUUAUCAGUAGCUUAUAGAUGAGUGGACAACUUGGUUUAGGGUUCUGCCUCCUUGCUGUUUAAGCUGUGAUGAACAUCAUGGUAAGAUGGAUUUCAACACGUUUGGUCUGAAAUACCAUUAGUCUUACUGCAAAAACCACUCUACUUCCAUCACUACUGAUAUUAAAACUUUAUCUUUUAAAUGUGA